CCCUCUGAGUGCGCAUGUCAAUGCAACUACGACAGUAGAAAUAGAAGGCGUUAAUCUAGGUGUAGUGUAUGGCGACACAGUGAAUGCUGUUACUAUAGCAGGCGAACCAUGUGCGUCAAUAGAAAGUCUCUUCGAGCCAGGAGUAAGAAUAUCCUGUAAACUGUAUCCAAGUAACAGACAGAGAAAUGGUAGCGUAGUGAUAACAUUCGCAAAUAAUUCAACAGGAUGGUAUUCCAAACGGUUUUACUUCUGGGUUCCAGUUAUAACGUCUAUCAAACCGACUUCGGGACCCAUUUCUGGGGGCACAUCUGUAACAGUGUAUGGACAACAACUAAAUAUUGGAAGAUAUAUUACAGUUACAAUAGGGGAUAACGUGUGUGAACCCGUUAACCACAUGAAUCCUACUUUUGACCUAGUUACAAGGAAGGAUCAAUUGAUUCAAACCACAACUUAUUCACCAAAUGAGCUGAUUUGCAAGACGGGAUCUGUAGAUGAAGAUAAGUUGCAAGAUGUAUUGGUACAGAUUGAUGGAGCCCGAGUUUUAGAAGAAAUGAACAUAACAUACUUAUAUGUUGCGGACCCAGUCAUUACUGACAUACAUCCUAAGAAGAGUUUCUAUAGCGGAGGAAUCACUUUGACUGUAGAAGGGUCAAACUUGAAUACCAUACAGACACCUAUGGUAUAUGCAAUUAUUGAUGGUUUCAAGACAAUAUCCGAGAACUGCACGAAGAGCGGCGAAACUGAUGCUAUUCACUGUCCUUCCCCUAGGUAUAAAAACACAUCAGCUGUUUCUGGAUUGAGUAUGGUAAAGGGAAAAAAUGGCAGCGAAUAUGUGUCUGCCAGGUUAGGAUUCGAGAUGGACGGUGUGGCUUCUGUUACCGCUGACAAUCUUCAUAGCCAUAUUGCGACUCUUGAAUAUGUAACUGAUCCUGUACUUGAAAACUUCACAGAGGUCAAGCUCUACCAUGAACAUCAACCAUACCUUGUUAUCAAUGGUUAUCGUCUCAUGCAUGCAGCAAACAAACAUGAUGUGAAAGUAAUCAUCGGCUGUGAGUUUUGUAAUGUAACAUUUGCGUCAAAUGUUGAAAUCCUAUGUAAACCUCCGGUUGACAAGCCUGCUUGUGGGAAAAGUAAAGAAGAGCCAUUAGAUGUUUAUGUAUGGAUCGGCUACUUUCAUCAAAGUGUAGGAUUCUUCGCUUACGAAACCAGUGUUAAAGAAACAAGUAACCCGACUUACAUGAUCGUAGCGGUACUGCUUGCUACAGCUGUUAUUGUAAUAGUAGUAAGUAUUUUUGCUUAUUGCAAGUGCAGAACUAAGCAUAGAGUACCUUCAAACGACGUUACAAGUGUGGUGUUUAGGAGAAAUCAGACCGAAGAAAUGAACGAGAGGAGAACUACUGCCUCAGCUUCACACGCAUGUGCAAGAGAAACUUCAAAUAUAUAUGAUGUUAUUCAUGACCACGAAUAUCAUAAUUGUUUCUUCUGGUUUUUUUGUUAA